AUGGAUGGCGCUCUCCAGCGACGUGCCUCUCAACAGAGCGGCUGGACCGACGACGAGAGUCUGUUCUCUGAGAAUGAGGACCCGAACCGGAUCGUCACGCGGUCGCCGCAGAAUCGCUUCAAACUCGGCUAUCUCGCUGUGAUGGGCCUGGUGAUUAACCGGAUGAUAGGGACUGGUAUCUUCAUGACGCCGGCCAGAGUGGUCCAAGGCACGGGAAGCACAGGAGCGACACUGAUGUUCUGGUUUGCCGGCGUGAUCUACGCAUUCUCAGGAGUGCACGUAUACAUCGAGUAUGGCCUCAAUGUCCCACGCCGGACAAUAGGGACCACCGAGCGAGGAGUGCCCCGAUCUGGCGGCGAUCUGAACUAUUUGAAAUAUGUCUACCAGAAGCCGGCGUAUCGGCCAGACACGCUCAUGUUCAUCGCAUCCCUCUUCGGCAUCUCGUUCAUCAUCCUGGGCAACAUGGCCGGGAACGCCAUCAGCUUCGGCGUGCGUGUGUUGGAAGCGUCCAACGUCGAAGUCACGAACGGAGCGGUUCGAGGCAUAGCGGUGGCCGUGUCCGUGGUCGCCGGGUUCAUCCACACGUUCUCACGAAAGGGCGGCAUCCUGCUCAGCAGCGUCUUUGCCUUGAUCAAGAUCUGCAUGAUGCUCUUCAUCAUCGUGACCGCCAUCUGCUACGGCCGCGGCACAUUCCCAGACCUCCCCAACAGCAACAUCGACCGCGACGAGACCCUGACGCAAAACCUCUCUCCAGCCCACGCAUUCAGCGAGUCGUCAUCUAGUGCCAAUGGGUAUGCCCAAGCGUUUCUCGCCAUCAUCUUUGCCUUCGGCGGCUUCGAGCAGCCCAACUACGUGCUCGGCGAGAUCAGUCGGCCUCAUCGGACCUACCCGAUCGCCAUGGCCACGUCCGUGAGUAUCGUGUGUGUGCUCUACAUGGCCGUCAACGUCAGUUACAUGGUGGUUGUGCCGAAAGAGAAGCAGCUCCAGCAAGGCUCCAGCGUGGCGCAGUCCUUCUUCCAACUGACCUACGGCGCGCUCUCGCCGGACGACAACACGGGGGCGCGCAUCUUCAGCGCCUUCCUCGCGAUCUCCAGCCUGGGGAACAUCAUCGUCAUGACCUACACCGCGGCGCGCGUCAAGCAGGAGAUCGCCAAGGAAGGCCUCCUCCCCUGGCCCAAGUUCUUCGGCCAGAACAAGGACCUCUCCUUCGGCCGCCUGCUCCGGUGGGCGCAACGCACCGAGGCCCUCAACAAGCCGUUCGGAUCCAUCCUGCGUCUCCGCUGGCUGGCGCCCGAGCAUCACUCGGAACGCACGCCCGUGGGUGCCCUGGUGCUGCACCUGCUCACCUGCAUCGUGCUCCUGUUCGCCACCUACGGCGAGACCCCGCAAAACGCAUACCUCCUCCUGACGGGGAUCGCGGCCUACGUCGUGAACGCCUGCUUCGGCAGCCUCCUCGCCGCAGGCAUCCUGUACCUCCGAUUCACAAAGUCUCGCAACUGGCGCCUCAAGGCCACCAACAUCCACCCGUGGCUCAGCGUCGCCGCUGCGACCGUGUACUUGAUCGGGAACCUCUUUCCGGUCAUCACCUCGUGGGUCAAGCCGGAAAAGUCGUUCGCCUCGACGACGACGACGACCUCGCUGCUGCCGGAUUCGAACUCGGUCGUCUCCGCCGGGACUGGCGAGCCGACAGCAAAUCCCACUUCCCCCCUCGCCUGGUUCGUCGUCCCCACUGUCGGGUGGGCUGUCCUCGGUUUCGCCGCGCUGUGGUGGCUCGGGGCCAGCUUCGUGGUCCGCCGCAUCGAACGCCGCACGCACACGGAAUUCACCAUCGAAAAGGAAUACGACUAUGACGAGGAUCCGCCCGGCAGCGGCGCGUACGUGCAGGUGCACGAGACGGUCUACCUGAGCUGGAAGGGUCGGGAGAUCCUCCGCGACAUGACGAUGCAUGGUCAUCCGGUCGCGGGUGGUGGUGGUGGUGGCAUGACCGACGUGGCCGGUGCGUAUCCCGGGAUGGGCGGAGGAGCCGGAGCGUCAGCUGGAGGAUUUGUAGGCGGUGCAAGCGGCGGCAUGAACGGCAUGAAUGGCUUCAAGGGCAUGAAUGUCCAUGCCAAUGACUAUUAUGGACGGUACGCGUAA